AUGGAUAGAAGUCAAGCUUCAGCAUCUCGCAGCGGUGAAGGUGGAGGGGUAUAUCAGAAUCGUAUGCGGAUCGUGGUGGCUGUUGAUUUUGGAACCACCUUCUCUGCCGUUGCGUAUGCCAAUACUCACAAUCCGUCUGUGCAAAAGCUGUUGACCAGUUGGGGAGAUGGAGGAGUGACACAAGAUAAGGUCCCGACAAUUCUGCGAUACGACAACCGUGGUACCACUGGGGCAUAUCACUGGGGACUUCGGGUCCAGAAGUACAUUGACUACGGCGAAAAGGUCCACGAGUGGUUCAAACUGGGUCUUUGCAACGAUUUCGAAGAGCGUCGUUCCCGCGAGUCAGAGUUUAUGAGUAAGUAUAAGAGUCAAACUGCCCAACCUCCAGUCAAAGGUGAAGUGUGCGAGGGCUUGGUUGUCAAUUAUCUCCAAGGUAUCAAGGGAGCCGUCGACCACUUCUUCAUUAAGAAUUUUGACGAAGACGUGGCACGGUGUCCCAGGGACUACAUUAUUACAGUUCCAGCUCUUUGGGAUCAUGCCGAGCAGGAGAAGACACGGCGGUGCGCCGAGAGGUCUGGCAUGGGAGAAGGUACCCAACUUCAGAUCAUCUCGGAACCUGAAGCUGCUUGCAUAUACGCUAUCCAGACGAUGCUCUCAGCGAAGGUCAAGGACACUUACGUUAUUUGCGAUGCCGGUGGAGGUACUGUCGACCUCGCUUCGUACACCAUUACGUCCUUGUCAAUGAACCCAUUCCACUGCCAGCUCGCCGGGGCGGCGACGGGAUCAGGGGGACUCUGUGGAAGCAGUUUUUUGAACAGGAUUUUUGAGGAAUAUCUUAGAGACAAGUUCAAAGACUACGACGGUUGGCAUAAAAUGUAUAUGAUCGACGCCUCCAAGGCUUUUGAAGAAAGAAUUAAACCUGGCUUCACUGGCGACAACGAAGACCCUCACAUCAUUAGGAUCGGGGGCCUGAAGCCAAGUAAGCCUCACGGAGUCGAAAAGAAUUUUCUAACUUUGACAACCAAGGAGCUGCGGGAGAAGGUGUUCGACGUAGUCAUUACCAAGAUUCAGGGUCUUGUUCGCGACCAAAUUGCCAACACCGACGGGCGAGUAAAGGAGGUCUUACUCGCUGGUGGGUUCGGGAAGAAUCGAUAUCUUCAGAAGAGACUUACAGAAAUCGACGACAGCGACACGGCCAUUGCACGUGGUGCAUUAAUGGCUGGACUGGCCGGACUUGGCAGAACCCACAAAAUUGAAGACGAUGGUGGCUUCAACGCAUCUCCCGCUGGCACUAAAGUGGUGUCUCGGAUCGCUGGUAGGCACUACGGUACGACUGCCUACUACGACUUUCAAGAAGGCAAGGACGAGAACAAUCGGGACGACGGGGCCAAGAUUGAGAAGAUCCAAUGGUUCGCAAAAAAGGGCGACAGCAUCCCCGACGGGCGGCCGGUAUCAUUUGAAUUUUUCAAAGUGGCGAAGGUGAGAUCUAACGUUCCGGCGCACGAGGUGUGCAAUCCGACAGUCCGCAUAUAUACGUGCGAAAAAUUGACUCCGCCCGAGUACAAAGACGAUCCAACUGUUUGGGAGAUUGCCAAGUUCAAGCUGGACUUUCGUGGCCUUAGCAUUCCGACUAUAUUGAUAAAGGGGGAGGAAUUUUAUAAUGCGGAAUUUGCUAUUGAGAUGACUUUGCGCGCGGCAAGCUUGUCGUUCCAUGGGGUUUACAGUAAAGGCCUUACAGUUCCAAAGCGGUUUCCAGCGAACCAUGUUCAAUUUCGCUAA